AUGGAUCUCCAAGCUGUCAGCGGAAUCCAUUCUCAGCUGCAGGCGUUCGUGCUUCGCUCAGACUGUUUCGGACAUGGUCAAGAUUCAGACGAAGAUUCGUCUUUUCAACACGAAACUGUGGGGAGUUCCGGUGCAUCGAACGGCGGCGUCAAUCAGCUGGGCGGUGCGUUUUCUAAUGGCAAGCCUCUACCGCUGCACGUCAGAGUAAGGAUUCUCGAGAUGGCCUUGUUGGGUUUCCGACCUUGUGACAUUUCCCGACGACUCCUAGUGUCUCACGGAUGCGUCUCUAAGAUCUUGUCGAGAUUCGCAGAGACAGGCUCCAUUUUGCCAGGAGCCAUCGGUGGCUCGAAACCACGAGUGUCUACUCCAUUGGUCAUUGAAAAGAUUCUCCGUUACAAAAAAGAAAAUGGAUCACUGUUCGCUUGGGAGAUUCGUGAACGCCUACUUAGAGAAGGAGUUUGUCCGCGGGAAGCGCUGCCCAGCGUUUCCAGCAUAAACCGAAUUCUCCGCAAGAAACAAGAUCCCUCCGGAGUCCCUCAGCGACAUCAGAGGAAUUGUGAAGAGGAAACGGUGCUCCGCAAUGUAUCUCCUCCUUUGGUGACGUUGGGAUCUCCCGUGAGGAAGUCGUUCAGAAUCGAUGAUAUUCUGUAA